CCUUAACUUUCACGCGUCAAAAGGGUGCGUGUGCCAGCUCUCACUCAACAGGAAUCCCUCCCCACAGUACAGAAUAGAAGCCUAGAAAGAGAGAGAGAGAGAGAGAAAAAAAAAAAGAAAAUAGAGAAGCAAAAAUCAGAUAGAAAAACGGCAAAGCAAAAAACCAGAGGAUCUAGGGUUACCUUGGAUCUCUCUGUUUCGAAGGAUUGGCUAAUUAGAUAUGGAUAGAUAUAUAGCUAUAUCUAUCUAUCUUAGUUCUUCUUAAUCGAUCAGUUCUUUUGGUUAUCUUUAAUUAGGGUUUUCGAAACGGGGUAAGUUGAUUUAAAGGCUGAGACCCUUUCUUGUUUUUGGAACAGUAGUGAUGGAGUUAGGGUUUUAAUCGGUCGAACCCUAAAAUCGGUGAUUUUGGGAAUUGGACUUUGACAUUUCUCACUGAGAAUCGAAGCUGGAAAAGGAGGAUUUUUGAGAGAUUUUUUUAAUCUUAAUAUUUACUAUAAUAUAUUAUAUUAUUGCGAUCUGUAAAUAUGCGAGGAGUGCACAAAUCGAAAAGGGUUACUUGGGCACCGGAUGUUAACCUUUGUCAGGUAAGGCUGUUUCUAUCGGAGGAAUCACCUCAACAAGUUGGGUUGGGUGCUCAAGACCACCUCCAAGCAAAAACCUCUUCGGUGUCACAUAUAAAUGGGGCAGCUGUGGAUGACUUUCUACCUCCUGGCUUUGAAGGAGCUCAUUCUACAAAUCAUCUGCAGAUUAACUUGUCAGAAAUCCCUGUCAUUAAAUGGAGAUGUCCACUCAGAUUUGUAUUGGACUUUAAUUGGCAAGUAGUUGCUGGAGAGGAAAGUAAAGAGGUGGAGAUUCAAAAUCUGAGAGAAGUGAGAGUACUUGAAGCUGUGUAUCCACGCCCAUCUGCAAUUCCUACAAACCCAUCUGUUUCAGCAGAUAUAGAAAACUGUCUCUUUGAUGAUCAGCGAACUCCUAUAAUACCCAUCACUGCCAUUGAAGAUGAGGAUGCUGCAAUUGAAACACCAUCUGAUGUCUUAGCAGCAUUCAGUUCCGCCAUUAGUUCUCAGCCCCAGUUAUUGGCUCGUGGUAUUUCACCUCCUCCGCAUUGCAAUAUGCCAAGUGGUUCAAGUGCUUCAGCCAAUGAGAAACCAGCAGCUGGAAUGGUUCUUGAACCUGGUGUAGCAGCUGCUGCCUUUACAGCAAUUAACCAAAGCAAUGAACGUGGAAGCAUGAUUGACCCCGACUUGCUUAUAAAAAUUCUCAGCAACCCGAAAUUGAUUGAGAAAUUAGUUACAGAUUAUGGAUCGGCUUCAGGUGCACAAAACUCACCUAAUUCGACAUCCCCUCUGGUACCUUUAUCUGACCCACCUCCACCUGUAAAUCUAUCCGAUCCAUCUCCUGCCCACAUCAAUAGAACAGAAGAUGGUACUGCAUCCCUAGUAGCUACUUCUGGUGUAGUGUUUUAUGCACAGCCGAAUGGGGUCGGAGUUGGACCCCAAAAUCAACAGGGUCCUGUUCCCAGUGUCCGUCCAGUUUCACCUUCACCUGCUGUUGGACUUCCUCAGAAGAAGGAUGUAAACUAUUACAAGAACUUGAUUCAGCAGCAUGGAGGAGAAAGACAAGUACCAGCUCAGAAGUUCAAUGGCCGAUACAUUCACCAACUAAGACCAAACCAAGAACUAAUAAAUAACCAGAAAUCAAGAGAUUCAAAGCCGAAGAUAAUGAAGCCUUGUAUUUACUUUAACAGUUCCAGAGGAUGCAGGAAUGGAGCCAAUUGUGCUUACCAACAUGAUACAUCGUCCCAGAACAGGGGCAAUACCGUUCCGGAGGCGCCCAAUCCAAAGAGAAUGAAAAUGGAGAGAGAAAUAAGCAGCUAGAAAAAAUACCACUGCACGUAUGCCUUUUUCACGUGGAAAAAUGCCUACUGCACCUCAACCUUUUUACUCCUUUACUGGCUUGGUUACACUUUUUUUUUUCUUCCUGCAAAUAGUUUUAAUUCUAGUACUCACUUUCAUUAUUCUUGCAUCAAGCAUUAAGAAUUAAGUUAUGGGCGAGAGAGCCUUGAUAAUCACAAUCAAUUGCGGAUAUUCAUCUUUGGGAGAGCAUUUUUGUUUCCUGUUUCUUCUUUGACUGCAAAUGUUGCUCACAUGUAUUACAAUAUGACAAGAUUUGAGUUUUUUAUUUUA